CCGUCACCUCAUGGCGACGCGGGUAGAGGAGGCAGCGCGGGGAAGAGGCGGCGGCGCCGAGGAGGCUAUUGAGGCCAGCCGGGGUGGACGGCGACGCGGCCCGCGACAGAAGGCAGAGACACACAGAUCUGUCUGCUGGUUCACUCCUCAGAUGCCUGCAACAGCUAGGGCUGCACCAGGCCAAAGCAAGGAACCUGGAAUUUCUUCUAGGUCAUCCACGUGGGUGGCAGGAACCCCAGUACUCGAGUCAUCAUCUACUGCCUCCCAGGGUGUGCUUUAGCAGAAAUGUUGGAUUCGAAGUGGUGGAACUCUGACUCAAAUCCAGUUUGAAAUUGGCACAAUGGAAGAAGCUGGAAUUUGUGGGCUAGGGGUGAAAGCAGAUAUGUUGUGUAACUCUCAGUCAAAUGAUAUUCUUCAACAUCAAGACUCAAAUUGUGGCACAAGUAACAAGCAUUCAUUGGAAGAGGAUGAAGGCAGUGACUUUAUAACAAAGAACAGGAAUUUGGUGGGCCCAGCCUACUGCACGCAAGAGUCAAGAGAGGAAAUUCCUGGGCGAGAAGCUCGAACAGAUCCCCCUGAUGGUCAGCAAGAUUCAGAGUGCAACAGGAACAAAGAAAAAACCUUAGGAAAAGAAGUUUUAUUACUGAUGCAAGCCCUAAACACCCUUUCAACCCCAGAAGAGAAGUUGGCAGCUCUCUGUAAGAAAUAUGCUGAUCUUCUGGAAGAGAGCAGGAAUGUUCAGAAGCAAAUGAAGAUUCUGCAGAAGAAGCAAGCCCAGAUUGUGAAGGAGAAAGUUCACUUGCAAAGUGAACACAGCAAGGCUAUCUUGGCAAGAAGCAAGCUAGAAUCUCUCUGCAGGGAACUUCAGCGUCACAAUAAAACGUUAAAGGAGGAAAAUGUGCAGCAGGCACGAGAGGAAGAGGAACGGCGUAAAGAAGCAACUGCACAUUUCCAGAUGACUUUAAAUGAAAUCCAAGCCCAGCUGGAACAACAUGACAUACACAACGCCAAACUCCGACAGGAGAAUAUUGAACUGGGAGAGAAGCUGAAGAAGCUCAUUGAACAGUAUGCACUGAGGGAAGAGCAUAUUGAUAAAGUGUUCAAACACAAGGAAUUGCAGCAGCAGCUAGUGGAUGCCAAACUGCAGCAGACGACACAGCUGAUAAAAGAAGCUGAUGAAAAGCAUCAGAGAGAGAGAGAGUUUUUAUUAAAAGAAGCAACAGAGUCAAGGCACAAAUAUGAACAAAUGAAACAGCAAGAAGUACAACUGAAACAGCAGCUUUCUCUUUAUAUGGAUAAGUUUGAAGAAUUCCAGACUACUAUGGCAAAAAGCAAUGAACUGUUUACAACCUUCAGACAAGAAAUGGAAAAGAUGACAAAGAAAAUUAAAAAACUGGAAAAAGAAACAAUAAUAUGGCGUACCAAGUGGGAAAAUAACAACAAAGCACUUCUGCAAAUGGCUGAAGAGAAAACUGUCCGUGAUAAAGAAUACAAGGCCUUUCAAAUAAAACUGGAACGAUUAGAGAAGUUGUGCAGGGCUCUUCAGACGGAAAGAAAUGAGCUCAACGAGAAGGUGGAAGUCCUCAAAGAGCAGGUCUCUGUCAAAGUUCCAGACGGGGAGCUGGCCAUGCCUGUGAUGCAGCCCUCCAGCGGCCCCGGCCCGGAUUCUCCCAGGGAGCUGUAUACUUCCUGCAACAGAGCCCUGGGGGUACCGCUGGAGGCUGCGCCCGAGGCAGCGUGUGAGCCGAGUGCUGCCCAGAAGCCCCCUUCCUGCGUCUCGGCCCCAGGGGUUGAGUCAGUUGACUAGGAGGACGUGUGAUCACUGUAUUGAGAGGUCUAUUUUGUGUAUAACUUUCUCUGUGAGUAGUAACUAUUGGUUUUGUGGUGAAAAUUUUCUUACUUUUUCUACCAUAUCUGUAUUUUCUUAGAACUACUGGACUUAAGUGGUACAGGAGGCUGCUUAGCAGAUCUGAUAGAUUUAAUCUCUUCACUUCCCUCAGCUGUGUUGCACAUCCACCUCAUGUCCCCCUUCAAUGGAAUGCAUGUGCUCAUUGCCUCGUCCUUUCUCUUCCUGCUCCGCAUACACGAUUACCCCAGUGAGUUUCACUCAAGACAGGGCCAACUAUUUCACAUUUUAUGUGAAAAUAUUAGCCUCAGCCCCCAUUAAUAUUAUUCAAAAAAAAAAAAAAAGGAAA